AUGGAGACUAGUAUCAUUUCAAAUUCCUCUCUCAUUAUCAUUCAAACAAAAUCACUUCAAACAAGAUGGGGUCUGUAUAUCAAAACAACUAGCAGUGAAUGUGUUAAAUAUAUUGCCACAAGUAACUAUUUGAAGAAUUUGAUUUAUUUGAAUCUGAGUGGAAAUAGUAUUGACAGUGAAGGUGUUAAAUAUAUUGCUACAAGUGAGUGGUUGAAAAAUUUGACUUCUUUGGAUCUGUAUUACAAUGAAAUGGGCAAUGAAGGUGUUAAAUAUAUUGCUGAAAGUGAAUGGUUGAAAAAUUUGACUUCUUUGAAUCUGAGCUCCAACAGAAUUGGCAAUGAAGGUAUUCAAUACAUUGCUAUAAGUGAGGGCUUGAAGAAUGUGACUUCUUUGAAUCUGAGUGGAAAUCACAUUGACAGUGAAGGCGCCAAAUAUAUUGCUACAAUUGAGUGCUUUAAGAAUUUGACUUCUUUGAAUCUGUGCGGAAAUCAAAUUGGCAAUGAAGGUGUUAAAUAUAUUGCGAGCAGUGAAUAUUUCAAGAAUGUGACUGUAAUAAAUGUUCACUGUCAGACACAAAGAAGUUAA